AGAGUGUGGAGUGCCGUGACAUUGAGUACACCUGUGGUCUGCGUUAGUAUCGCGAUAAGUGGCGGCGUGUCUCAGCAGCCGGCCGCGCCACACGCUCGCAGUCCGCGGCGCUCGCGCGUCGUCGCCCCGCACCAUGUCGGUCUCUGUGGACCUGGACGCCAUCCUGCAGGAGCUGGGCCAGUUCGGCCGCUACCAGAUCCGCAACUACUGCUGGAUCCUUCUCACUAUACUGUUCAGCGCUGUCUACAACAGUCAGUACAUUUUUGCCGCCGGCGAAAUUCCUUACAGAUGUGUAGUACCGGAAUGCGACACGUCCCCCCCUCAGUUCGAGACGGGCGGGUGGGGCGCGUGGGCCCUGCCAGACGCCGGGGGGCGCUGCGCCCGGCUCGUGCCUCUGGACGGGGAGUGCUCCCCCAGCAGCUUCCACGUCAACGAGACGCAGGCCUGCGACCACUGGGUCUACGAGAACCAGAACACUAUUGUGGCUGAGUUCGACCUGGCGUGUGAGGAGUGGAAGCGCACGCUGGUGGGCACCAUCCACGUCGCCGGCGUGUUCGCCACGCUGCCCAUCACCGGCUUCAUAUCUGAUACGUUCGGGCGCCGCACGGCUCUGGUGCUGACGUCAGUGGCGCCGGCGGUGGUGGGAGUGAUCCGAUCUUUCUCCACCUCCUACAUCAUGUACCUGUGCUUCGAGUUCCUCGAGGCUGUCGCCGGCGCCGGAGUCUAUAGCACAGCCUUCAUUCUUGCGCUCGAGAUGGUGGGGCUAGACAAGCGAGUGCUGGGCGGCAACCUGAUCUCCAGUACGUUCGCGCUCGGACAAGUGCUGACCGCCGGCGUGGCCUGGCUCAUCCCCUACUGGAGGACUUACCUCGUCGUCAUCUACGCUCCUUCUGUCCUCUUCAUCUCCUACUACUGGCUCAUAGAGGAAAGUGUGCGGUGGUUGCUCAGUGUAGGCAAUAAAAAAGAAGCAGCGAGAAUUAUAUUCAAAGUUGCUGCCAUGAAUAGGAAAAAACUCUCUGCUGAAACCAUGAAGAUGUUGGUUGAGGAACCCGAACCAACGAAACCUCAAUUAAAUGCACAGACUCCUGAGAAAACUGAACCCCAAAAAUCCCUGUUCAUGCAAGUUCUCAGAUCUAAGACGUUGAUGUUCCGCCUCUCGGUGUGCUCGUUCUGGUGGAUCACUCUUACUUUUGUGUACUACGGACUGUCCAUCAACUCGGUGUCGCUGUCAGGCAACGGCUACGUCAACUACAUCCUGACAUCACUGGUGGAGAUCCCCGGCUACUGUCUCAGUGUGGUCACACUAGAUCGCUUCGGGAGGAAGAGUUCCAUCAUGACUGCAUUCAUAAUUUGUGGAGUUUCGUUAAUAGCACUGCCGUUUGUACCAGAAUCGUUGCCGUGGAUGCAGACGACGCUGAACCUGAUUGGCAAGCUGUGUAUCAGCAUGGCGUUCAGCAGUAUCUACAUCUACACGUCGGAGCUGUUCCCGACGCAGGCGCGGCACAGCCUGCUCGCCUUCUGCUCCAUGAUCGGCAGGAUCGGGGCGCUGGUCGCACCGCAGACACCGCUACUGAUGGCGGUGAUGGAGUCCCUCCCGUACCUGAUCUUCGGCAUCAUGUCGGGCACGUCGGGCCUGCUGAUGCUGCUGACGCCGGAGACGCUGCAGGCGCAGCUCCCAGACACCGUGGAGCAGGCCGAGCACAUGAAGAAGUAACAGGAACUGCAGCAGCUGCCUACGAUACUAACAUUGUUCUCAAGUAGACUGCGGCAGUUCACGUGCCUGUGUUGUCUUAUAAGUAUAGGUUCGAAUUAAAUAUACAUAAGUAAUUUAGUAAGAGUAAGAGAUAAGUUUAACAUAUCAUAGCACAAAAUAAAUAAGUUAGAGCCAAUAGAACUGACAAUAAAUAACGGUUGUGACAAGUAAGCACAGUUAAAUUAAACUUUUUAUCAAAUACUUUUCUAAUAGAAAACAAUUUUCUAUCGAUAUGAAAGCUUUGGCGCUUUGGCGCGAGGGAUGAACAGAGUAGUUAUCUAAAAUUAAUAGAUUAUCUAUUAGAAAUAGUGGAUUGGACGUAGUAGUAAUUAAUAUUUAGAUUAUAGUGUCUUUAAUUAGCUAAAUGUCCUGUGAUAGAAAUAAUAAUUUAUGUUACGUAAAUAUUUAAGUUUUAUAACAAAAAAGACGUAUUCUAGCAUCGCAACACGCGCCAAUUUGUUUUGGCGAUGAUAAUCAUAUAAUCAGUGAAUAACAAAAUAUAAAUGAUCUUUUGUAAUAUUUUAAUAUACCUACAGGAUUAAGUUUUUAUUUCGCUUUUUUGAUAAUUUAUAUGUACAUGACAUACUCCUUUUAGAUUCUUGGCGAUGUCCGAUAUGAGUAUUUAUGCCGAUGUCAUUUAAAUAUGCAUGUUUAUGAUCCCAUUCAUAUAGUUAAGAAACGUGAUUGAGAUUAGUGAAGUAUCGUCCGUAUAACGUGCCCUUUAAGUCGUAUAAGUUCGGCGAUACAAGGCAAGUUCAACAAAAAUCUUGGAUCAAAUAAAACUUUUUAUCCAUAUGAAGUAUUGAAACCGCUCCAGUGCUAGUCAGAUUUGCAACACUGAAAGUUCCUUACGAAUAUGCUAGAGGAAAAGAAAUUUAUAAUAGAUAUUGGUCAACCAGCCUACGGUUGCCUACGAAGAUUAUUGUUUUAGAAGAAGAGUUGUUGUUUGAAAAGCUCUUUAAAGUUCAUAUAAAUAUGAAUUACAUAUGUAAUUCAAAUUAUAUAAUUUAUUAAUGAAAUGUAAACUGUAAGAAUAAAUCAAACUUCAAUCAAGGUCUAUUUAGGACGAUUUUACGUGGCAACGAAUUCGUUGCAUUUCAAGAGAUGCAAAACUUUAUUAUAAUGUACACUUGUAUUGACGUAUAGUAUUUUAUUGAUUUUUAGUAUCAAGCUUUAGUGUGUAUCGUGCGGAGUGUGUGAAAUACAAUUGUUAAAUAAUUAUACAUACUGUUGUAAU